UUACUUUCGGUUGAACAGCCUGAGAACAUAAAGCCACUUCAUUUUCUCGGUUUUAUUUUUACUGCGUCAUCCCUUCCUCUCCGCUUCAUAACGCGCAGCUCCUCCGCUACAGCCCCCCUAAAUUGCCCGCAGGCCCACGAGCGCCAACGUAGCGCAUUUAAUCCGUGGUCGUGUCGCAGAAAUCAGAUUAUUGGGCAGGUAAACUGGAUUCUGACGUAGAGGGCUUAAGCCCAGACUGGGAGGCAGAGGAGCGACGCGACCAGAAGCGGAGGUGAAGGAAGGAUGCAGCUCAGGGAGGCUCCUCCUUUCCUCCUCUUUUAAGGAGCGCCGCAUGACUCCCAGGAUAAAUCUCUGCCUCUGAGCGGAACGGAGGAGCGCCCUGAACAUGGCUUCAUACCUGGAGAUCCCGGAUGAUGAGGAAGGACAUGAUCUAGACCUCUUCUGUGUGCCCAGACAUUACGAGAGCGACCUGGACAAGGUGAUCAUCCCCCAUGGACUCAUCAUGGACAGCGUCCCAACCUCUUUCCUGCAGGACAGAGCGUCUGGCUCGGGACAUCAUCCGGGACAUGGGGGGACACCACAUCGUGGCUCUGUGCGUGCUGAAAGGAGGAUACAAGUUCUUUGCGGACCUCCUGGACUACAUUAAAGUGCUCAACCACAACAGCGAUAAAUCAGUCCCGCUGACGGUGGAUUUCAUUAGAGUGAAGAGCUACUGUAAUGAUAAAUCAACCAACAGCGUUAAAGUGAUUGGAGGAGACGAGCUUUCCAACCUUUCAGGAAAGAAUGUGUUAAUUGUUGAGGAUAUCGUAGAGACGGGAAGGACGAUGCAGACGUUACUUUCUCUCCUGAGUGAAUGCAGUCCCAAGAUGGUUAAAGUUGUGAGCCUUCUGGUGAAGAGGACGCCGAGGAGUUCGGGCUACAGACCAGACUACAUUGGUUUUGAAGUACCAGAUGCCUUCCUGGUGGGCUACGCUUUGGACUACAAUGAGUACUUCAGAGAUCUCAGUCAUAUCUGUAUACUGAACGAUCAAGCCAAGGAGAAGUACAAAGUAUGAGUUCAAAGCGUGGCUGAUGUGACGCCCUGAAGACUUGGACCACUGUGAUGGGCCCUGCUUAGCUUUAUUGUGUUUUUGGAUCUUAUUUAUUUUUCUACAUGACAAUCCACAUGUUAUCUGUGGUUGGUUACGGACCUGAAGAAGAAAGUUUCUCCCUGACUUUAUUAAAAACUGGGAGUAAAUAUGUAUAUAUUUUUCUUAAAUUUUAAUUAUUUCUCUUAUUUAAGAAUUUAAGUUGUGUUUUAGUAAGGAAGAGGAAAUAUUGUCUUAAAUCUCUCAGGCUCUAUGCUCAGUGAGCUGUUUGUACCCUUUAACCAGAGAGUUUUUUGUUGUUUCAAUUAAUACUAAAAAAAUCUUCCAUACAUUUAUUUGCAAUAUUAUAUUUGUUAUUUAGUGGUUGAUGUAUCCAUUGAGGACCAGUUUACAGCAAUACAACUCUAAUUAAACCAUGAAUCCUUGCUUCUGU